CAGGCUCUCACAACCAGAGAGCAGUUUGAUCCAAGAAAGGAAUCCCCAAAGCAGAUCCAGCCAACUCCAAAGGCCAUUUUGACCUCCCGUGUGGUCUGGUCUGCAGCCGACCAGCAUGGGGACCCUUCACACCUUUCUCCUCAUCCUGGUCGGCCUGGUCGGGUCUCGGGCUCAGGAAGAUCUGAGAGGGAAGACGUUUGUUUUCCCAGAGACAUCCACCACAGCCUACGUGGUUCUGAAAACUCUACAGCAGCAGCAACAGCCUCUGACCGGUUUCACCGUGUGCCUGAAAUUCUUCACAGACCUGACUCGAGCAUACGGCCUCUUCUCUUGGGCAACCAAGACCACACACAACGAGAUCCUCAUAUUCCGUCCCAAACCCACUGAAACCCGGCUUUAUGUGGGAAGUACCAGUGUGAGCUUCACUGUCCCAUCAAAACAGGGGGCUGGAGCCAGCGAGGAAAAGCUCUGUAUGAGCUGGGAGUCAAGCACGGGGUUAGUGGAGUUCUGGUUAGACGGGAAACCUUUUCCACGGAAGGGGCUAAAGAAAGGUUACUCCAUCAGUCCGGAGGCAUCUGUUAUCCUUGGGCAGGAACAGGAUUCCUUCGGAGGCAGUUUUCAUAUCAACCAAUCUUUUGUGGGCGAGCUCAGAGAUUUGUACAUGUGGGAUCGGGUGCUGACGGCCGAUGAAAUCGGCCUCACUUGGAAUGACGGUACCCUUUCCAACUACCUGAUUAACUGGAGAUCCCUCCAGUACGAUAUCAAAGGUUAUGUCGUGGUUAAGCCCUUCCUGGCUCCUAUCGACUAAGCCCAGCGAUUCUGAAGAAGGAAUGCUAAAUAAUGAUGGUGAUGAUUGAUUAAAAAAAGAAAACGGCAUUCUUUUAAAAAUGUGUGCACGUGCUGUGUGGUGCGUCUGUGCACAUGCUUGCCUCCUUGACAACCAAUUCCGUUCAAUAAAAGCUUUUAAGCAAUGAA